GCUAAGGUAUCAUCCAAUGAAUGACCAGCGCAAACCUCGGUAGCUCGGUCAACAUCUGCAAAGCUGGUACAAUUUCUGGUACGAUUCCAAUGGGAACUUUAUACAUGUGGCUUUGAUGUCAUCAUACCUAGUAUGAUUACUUUCUAGGCCAAGACAUUUACCAAGACAUUUAGAGAGGAUUUACCUAAAUGGCGUCCCGAACUCCAUAGCAAGUAAAGACUUUUUUCUUUCACCUGACGAUAAGAAACCGACAGACGGGGACGGAGGGAUAUUGCAAACAAGUUUUACAAUGUCUACUUCGUUGUCGCUCCACGUUCUUACACGGCGGGGCGCCGCGUCAAUUCGGUCCAAGGUUCCCAGAAGAGUGCCUAGGGCCUCAUAUUCCUCCAUAAUUACACCUCGAUUACGAUAUACUGCUGCGACAUAUUCUCCCAUUGCUCGAUCGACCUCUCGCGCAUUUAGCACUACUCGUCCCAGAUACUUCGCAAGCGCCGAGGAUGACUUCGACCCUAAGACCAUCGAGCGGGAGAGUGACGAGGUUGAUGUCUGUAUUGUUGGUGGAGGUCCUGCUGGUUUGAGUGCUGCGAUACGUUUAAAGCAACUUGCCAAUGAGAAUGGCAAUGAAGACUUUAGGGUAUUAUUACUAGAAAAGGCUGGCGAAGUUGGAGCGCAUAUCGUGUCUGGAGCUGUUAUAAACCCGGUUGCGGUUAAGGAGCUAUUCCCCGACUGGCUCGAUGAGGCGAAUGAAAACCGAUUUGAGCAUGCGACGCCCGCGGCAGGAGAUAAGAUGAGAUUCUUGACCAAGACCAGCGCAAUCCCUUUACCAGCCCCGCCGCAAAUGCACAACCACGGCAAUUACAUCGUCAGUUUAAAUCAAUUUACGAAGUGGCUCGGGGAUAGGGCUGAGGAACUUGGCGUCGAGGUUUAUCCUGGGUUCGCUGCAUCCGAGGUGCUUUACAAGCCCGAUGGGUCGGUUCUUGGUGUUGCGACAAAUGACCUGGGUAUAGGUCGGGAUGGGAAGCCCAAGGAUAACUUCGAAAGAGGCAUGGAGUUCCAUGCCCGAGUUACUCUAUUUGCAGAGGGAUGCCACGGGAGUUUAACGAAGCAAGUUAUCAAGAAUUUCGAUCUAAGAAGGGAUAGUCAACACCAAACUUAUGGUCUAGGAGUAAAGGAGGUCUGGGAGAUACAACCAGAGAAGUUCCACAAAGGCGAGAUUACCCAUUCUAUGGGUUAUCCCCUAUCCCUGGAUACGUACGGCGGCGGAUGGAUGUAUCAUUUUGGGGAUAAUUUGGUCAGCAUUGGACUUGUUGUCGCCUUAGAUUAUAAGAAUCCCUGGCUAUCACCGUAUGGCGAAUUCCAAAAGAUGAAGCAGCACCCUCUAUAUAGAUCCGUCUUAGAGGGUGGAAAAUGCAUAUCCUACGGUGCGAGAGCCCUUAGUGAGGGUGGAUAUCAAUCGAUCCCUAAGGUCGCAUUUCCUGGAGGUGCGUUGAUCGGCGAUUCUGCUGGCUUCGUCAAUGUACCUCAAGUCAAGGGCACCCACAACGCUAUGAAAACUGGUAUGUUAGCUGCGGAUGCAGCUUGGAAUGCAUUGGCAGAAGGAAGCGAGGAAUCAAUUUUCUUGUACAACUACGAAGAUUCUCUCCGGAAAUCCAGCGUCUGGAAGGAAUUGAAGGAGGUUCGAAACAUGCGGCCCUCGUUCCAAACCCCCUUGGGCACUGUCGGUGGUGUUCUAUACUCUGGUAUAGAGGCUUUCGUUCUAAAGGGUCGUGUUCCUUGGACCCUGAAGCAUAGGCAUACCGAUCACGGCGCCACUAAGGAUGCGGAUUCGUAUCCGAAGAUCGAAUACCCUAAGCCAGAUGGAAAGAUUUCAUUUGACAUUCUGACGAGCGUCUCGCGGACAGGGACGAACCAUGAGGAAGACCAACCCGUCCAUCUCCAAGUUAAGGACUGGGAUGCUCAUACUCAGGAGACGUGGCCUACUUAUAAAGGCUUGGAGAACCGCUUCUGUCCUGCUGGCGUCUACGAAUACGUCGAAGAUGACUCAAAGCCACUGGGUGUGAGGUUCCAGAUUAACGCCCAAAACUGUAUCCACUGCAAGACAUGCGAUAUCAAGGCGCCUCACCAGGACAUCAACUGGGCUGUGCCCCAAGGUGGCGAAGGACCUAAGUACUACAUGACAUAAGAAAAUAAGAAAUGGUAUGAAGCCUCGAUUAUUUAAGGAAAAAAUGCUCAAAACUGCUCGAUGUCUCAAUAAGGUCCAACCUAUCUAUAUAGACUUCGGAAAACCGGGGUGUAUAAUUCACGGAUUAUGGUGAUAUACGAACUCAACUUCUAGUAUACCAACAUUACCUCGCCAGUGAUGGACUGGUAAAUGCAGAUCAGAUCGUAUCGGACGAAAACGUUGCUGUGUUAA